UGUAAAAAAAAAAAAAAAAAUACUGAUCACUUCCCCAAAGUAGUACAAUGUUACUAUGGUAACAUUGUACUACUUUGGUCAUAGUAAAAUAUGAAAAAUAAAUCUUUAAAAAACAGAGACUGCGGACACAGUACAGGGAUGACCAGAGACUGCGGACACAGUACAGGGAUGACCAGAGACUGCGGACACAGUACAGGGAUGACCAGAGACUGCGGACAGUACAGGGAUGACCAGAGACUGCGGACAGCACAGGGAUGACCAGAGACUGCGGACACAGUACAGGGAUGACCAGAGACUGCGG